AUGGCUAGUUCUGAUGUUGAAAUGACUAUAGAUGAUUCCAGUGAUGAUGAGAAUCAGUGCACUAGUUCUGACGAAUCAUAUAAUGAUUCUAUUUUCAAGAAGGAUUUUGAAGAGAGUGAUACCGAAAGUGAGCAUGAACCUGAUCUUGAUCCAAGUUUUGAAAUGCCCUGGACAGAGAACGGGAUUUCUAGGCCAGCAUUCAAUUUUACGUCAAACAGUGGUGUGUAAGUAAAGAAUUUAAAGGAUAUAUUGCAAUUUUUUUAAUAUUUUUUAGAUGAUGAUCUAAUAGAUAUAAUAGUCAGAGAAACAAACAGAUAUGCAUCGCAGUAUAUUUCUUCGAAUCAAGAUAAGCUCAAACCAAAUUCCCGAGUUAAAGAAUAGUUUGAUACAGAUAGUAAUGAAAUUAGGACCCUUAUCGGGUCACUAAGCAUCUCUAUUAAGCCUGAGCACAAAAUGUACUUUUCAUGACGAAAGAGACUCCUUUUUUUCUCUACAGUUAGGUGAGAGACGAUUUCAUUUGUUGCUAAAGUAUUUACACUUUGCAGAUAAUUCUACUAUAAAUCCACAUAGAAAAAGCCGAAAAUUGAUCAAAGUUUUACCAGUUUUGGACUUG